CCCCUCCUCCUUUUCUAUUGCCUCUGUCCCUCGGAACAAAGUAUAGCCGCUGAUAUUUACUGCCCGGUCAUGCAUGUAAUUAUUAAUGUAUUAUUAGUAAAUAUUAAAGGCCAACAAAGAAACACUGACACACUAAGAAGUGUGAGACCAAGUGAUUGUGCCCUAGGCAGGCGCCUACUCAUUGUUCUGGCUCUGCUGCAUUCCCAGACUUUCUGUUCAGCCCACCUUUGUUUUAUCUUAUUUGGGCUCAGCUUAUUUGUAUUAUUGUUUCCAUAUUUGUCUUUACUUGGAACUAAAAAGGGGAAGUUUAAUUUAAAAAUGUUUUGUGGCACCAGAGUAACUAAGUGUUAUCCAAGCUCCUCAGCAUGUGUGGUCUUCUCCUUCUCUGCUCUGUGCUCUCUCUGUGGGGUGCCGUGUGGGGGAGACCAGGACAAUACUGUGUAGACCAACCUUCAGGAGUGGAAGUAUUUGCUGGAGACUCAGUGACCUUCCCAUGCAGUUUUGUCUUCUCCAGAAAUCUCACAGCAAUUACUAAUAGGGCAAUUGUCUUUCAAGCUGGAAAUAUCUCUUAUUGUGGAGCUCCCAUAUAUAACAGCAGAUAUGGCAACACAAUACAGGAAUACAAGGGAAGGGUGUCACUGGUGGGAGAUCCUCAGGCUCAGAAUGGGACCAUCACUCUGACCAGUGUAAGAACAAGUGAUAGAAAGAACUUCUGCUGCCGGGUCCAACUUCUAAAUCAAAACACGAUCAUUCAGCAGUGGCAAAAUGGAUUUGGCACCCAGCUAACUGUGAGGGGUGAGAAUAAGAUGACUAUGCAUCAGCCUCCAUUCAUCUCUGCUCUGGUUGGUGACACUGUGACAAUUCCCUGUCAUUUCUCCAUCAGCUCCAAGAAGAAAAUUCAGAAAAUAUCUGUAUCCAGUGUUCAGUGGAGCUUUGGUCAAUAUUUAAGCUGUAGGACAGUUAUAUACAACAGUAGCACAGGGGCAGAAAGAAGAGAGGACAGAGAGAGGAUUUCUGUGGCUGGGGAAGGAGGCGCAUCCAUCCUAAUCAAGCGGGUGACGACCAAUGACAGAGGCUGGUACUGCUGUGGGGCACAAGUGACUGGAGAUGGACAAGUUUAUACAACUCAGAGAGAGACAGGAACAAACCUGAUCAUUACAGGAAAAACCAAUCAAAUGAAGAUCAAGCAGCCAAAGGAGGUCACAUUCCCAAACUCCUCUACUAUCAGCUGUAACUUUACAUUACCAGAGGAUGAAGAUCCCUUGUGGCUCGGGAUAUACUGGAUGUUUGGGAACCCACGUGAGGGCUUUGCCUAUCACCCACACCCAGAAUUAAUUCACCCCCGAUACCGGGGCAAAACCAGACUGGUGGGUCAGUCAGACCUUUAUCUGGAAGAGGUGAUUGGAAUGGAUAACACCAACUUCUACUGCCGUGUGGCAAUGCGCCUGUGUAAUGAUACUCAGCAAAACACCAUUGAAACAUUACUGGAGGAAGGAGCAGGGACACUUCUACACGUUGUGAAUGUCCAUGGACCCACUUCCCAGUGGACACUCUACAUCAUUCUAUUUGUUCGAUGUGCGCUGAUCUGCAUUUUGAUUCCAACUGGCAUUCUGGGAUUUAUUAAAAUAAGGGAAGACAUUUAUACUAUUUAUCAGAUGAAAACCCGGGUUCCCCAGUAGAAGUCUCCUUGCAUCAUUCAACCCUCUUCUUUCUUAAUUUGCUAAACAUUGAUUUAUUUUCUCCUAAUGAUCAAUCAACUCGUACAAAGCUACACCUUUAUUCUUAGCACAAAUAAAAAGAAUGUGGCUCCUACAAGGCUCUGAUUCACUCAAUGUUAAUGGAGAUUCCCCAGUAAAAUGUUGGAGAGACAUCAUUGCACUGGAUUAUGAAACCUAUUGAAAUCUCAAUAAAAUUAUACUGUAAAACCCUUCAGAAGUUCUAGGAUUUA